UAUUGACAACUAGAAAAGUCAAAAUGCGACACUAGUGGGAAGUAGAAGCAACUACGUAUACACAUCAAAAAUCGGGAUCCAUAAGCAUUACAUGUGUUUUCAAUCAGCACUCAAGUUCUAACCAAAAAAUUGAAAGCCAAAAGCGAAAACAAAGAUCCAAAGACUGCUGUAUUCCUCACAAUUCCAGGAUUAAGUGCAGAAUCCACCCAAAUGGAUAUUUCUAUUUCAUUCUAUGACAUAGUGCAGUACUUUGAUGGGGUGAAGAGGUCCAUUAAGGAAGGAGAGGAAAUAGUGAAGGCAGGCUGGGUGUAUGCUAUUGGCCUAUCACCACCUCCUUCUACAAACGAAGUCACAGCCAUAGUUGUUGCUGUCUCUUCCAUGACCUCGAAGCCCCAUGAAGUUAAAUUGAAAACUCUUCAUAAAGAUCAUCUCUCAUGGACAUGCACUUGCUCCUGCAAAGCUGGCUGUGGCAGUAAGUGCAAACACAUAGCUGCUUGCCUAAUUUAUAUCCACAAAUAUCCACACUUAGAUAUAAUAAGUUCUACGGAGAUAACCCAAAAGUGGGGUAAGUUAGGCAAGCAGUUUGCCACUCAGUUUUGCUCCGUAGAUGCAAGUGAUCUCUGCCACUGCCGAAGACAGAUAAAAGUUUUCGAGGAUGUUGUGAAUGAAGAUAUUCAAAAAGAAAUUUUUCAAGGUUUACUUGCUGGUAAGUUUAAAAAAGUGCCACAUAGAAAUACUUCUGAUUUCACAACCACUUGCUGUAUUUGGAUGAAACAAAUGGUUUUGAGUUUGAAAUUUUAUAAUAGGUCCUUAAAUAAACGCAUUUGUAAAUUUAUUUGUAAAAUGUUUACAGCCCGUCCUGACUGUGAGAUAAACAGGUAUUUUUUACCAAAUUCAAGAAAUUCCGAGGAGAUUCGAGAAGAUCAAAUGGCACAAGCGCCUAGUCAAGAAACAUCAAGAUUAGCUCAACAACCUGAAAUACAAGAAUUUUUUAAAUUAAUCACGCAAUCUGAUGGAUUAGAGCUUUUUUUACCAUAUCUUCAAACCUUCUCAUCUCCUCAACAACUGAAUAUUUUAUUAAAGAUAAAGAAAACAAAAGCUGAAAUCGCUACAAUUUGCCAAGAAACCUUGUGUCAAAACAAUGCACGAUGGCUUCUGGAACGAAAGUUCAGGAUAACUGGUAGCAUUGCUUAUAAACUGUUCACGUACUCUUAUAAUAAAACUCCAGAUUGGCCAAAAAAACUGAAGUCAGCAUACGAGAACAGUUUCAAGGGCAACGAUGCUACCAGAUAUGGACAACAGGCUGAGAAACUAGCCAAAAAGUUGUAUGGCAAAAAGUAUUGCCUUUUUGAAGUUGGCCUAGUCAUAUCUUACAACCUUCCAUUCCUGGCUGUAAGUCCAGAUGGGGUUGCUUUCGACGGCGAUGGUUUUCGCCUUGUUGAAAUUAAAUCUCCAGUGAAGGGAAAAGAUAUGACAACAAAUCACCUUCUGCCGCAUCUUAAUUUUCUCUUCAUAGAAAACGGCAAAUAUGAUUUAAAGAAACGUCAUGCUUAUUAUGGUCAAAUUCAGCUCGGCUUGGUGGUAUUGAAUUUGGAAUUGUGCGACUUAGUUAUCUACUCCUCAUUUGAUAACUCUUACGAAGUUAUACAAAUUUACAAGGAUAAUGAAUUUCUAGAACUGUAUAUAAAGAAACUUUGCCAUAUAUACUUUGAACAAAUUACUCCAUUUUUACAAAAGGAAUAACGCUGCAACAAAGUACAACUUUUUUAUAAGAAACUAAACCCUUUAUUUUGCAUUUGUUGUGAGACAGUACGAUGGAUACUAGUUUCAUUGUUGUUUAUUGAAUUACCUUCAAAGGUCCCAUUUGUGGUGAUGGUAAGAAUUUAAUUUUUCUAUUUUUGGGUUCCAACUUUCCUUUUUGAUUUCUCAUAUA